UGUGCAGUUUUUCAGGGGGUAAAUGUAAUCACGUGUUCAGCAGACGUCCAAUCCGAGGCGCAGAAGCUUUCUGAAAUAAUUACCUGUCUUGAUUGUUCUACGGUCAGAUAAAAAAGUACACAUACACUCCAUAUAAUAAUCGGAUGCAUGUAAAAGAGAAGGGAAACAUCGCCAUGUCGGCUACGGGUCCCAUAAGUAAUUAUUAUGUGGAUUCAUUGAUCAACCAUGAGAGCGAGGAUGUCCUGGCGAGUCGUUUCUCGGCCACUGGUCCGAUAUCUUCCAGCUCACGCCCGACGUCCCUGGUACCGGAAUGCGCGGAUUACCCGUCUUGCAGUUUUGCCCCGAAACCACCAGUUUUUACUACCUCGUGGGCCCCCGUUCACUCGCAGUCGUCAGUGGUUUACCAUCCAUACACUCACCAACCUCACCUAGGCACAGACUCAAGGUACGUCCGCUCUUGGCUGGAGCCUAUCCCCGGUACCGUGUCUUUUCCAGGAUAUACAGGGAACAGUAGGCACUACGGGCUGAAGCCCGAUACCUUUCAGGAUCCUCGUGCUGGAGACUGUUUGGGCUCGAACGGACGUACUUACACGGAUUAUCUCUAUUGCUCUGCCGUCGAUAUAAGAGAAAAGCAGCAAAACACACCAUCGCCUGAAACGGAGAGUCUGUCUUCCGGAAAACACAAAGACGACAAGGCUGAAUUAGAUCCAAAUAAUCCCGUGGCAAACUGGAUCCAUGCACGUUCAACCCGAAAGAAACGUUGUCCAUACACCAAGUAUCAAACUCUCGAACUCGAAAAGGAAUUUUUAUUUAAUAUGUACCUCACAAGAGACCGGCGGUAUGAGGUAGCAAGAGUGCUGAAUCUAACGGAGCGACAAGUCAAAAUUUGGUUCCAGAACCGACGGAUGAAGAUGAAGAAAAUGAAUAAGGAGAAAAACGACAGUAAAGAACAAUAGGCCAAAUGUCAUUGAUUGGACACAGGAUGAAGGAAGGUCAUCAUUUCGUAUCGUCAUGACUCUUAACAUUUAGCACCUUCAACCCAUAACAGGAACAGAGAAACCGAAUAUCCUAUAUGGAUAUAUCGAGCUCUUAUAAUUUAAUAUAAGUGUAAUUUCACCAUCCUCACUUGAGUCAUAUUAAUAUGUAGUUUGGAUUUACAUAAAUGUUUCUUUAUUCUAAACACACAUUGGACUCUACUUCGAGAGAAGCUACUCCGACGUUUCAGUGUUAAAAUACUUGAACUACUUAAUUUUCAGUGUCCUAAUUUAUGUUCUUUACGUGAUUGUUUUUUUCUAUGCUACCAUUUAUUUGUAUUUUAUAAAGAAUAUCAAAUCUGUAGUAUAUAUAUUUACAUAAUAUGGUAAUACUAAACGUGUUUGCGUCGAUGUGCUUAGUUUGUUUCUAAUGUUCCAGUUGGUGUAUUUUACAUUCUUUAAACUGUAAAAAAUGAGUUUCACCAUAGAUUGUAGAUAUAUUCAAAUAUAUACAACCAUGUUAAUAUAACUUUUGUGUUGCUGUUGAUUGCACAUAAAGUACACGCAGCAGUGUGAUUCAAAUGGGAAAGUGUAUCUGUUGCCCAUUAAUAGCAGAGAGUCUGCCCUACACGUACAAUGUUCUCAUUCAAAAGGUAUCGAGGAUAGAAUUAGUGCACGAUCUAAAAUAUCGAAGUUUACAUCACACACAGAUCAAAUGGCAAACGCCUCCAGUAGGCCUCAGAAACUAGCGUGUAUUAUUCAAAGUAAUUUUGUAUUAAAAAGCAUGUUUUUGCAGGUUUUUUAAUAGUUAAAUUAAUUUUUUACAAUUUGUUUAAAAUUUAAAUGACUCCUUUAAAAUAUUAGUAAUAUUGUUGUUGUUUUAAAAAUGUACAUGCAUUUCAUGUCUAGGUAUCGCUUGAAAAAUAGCUAGCUAUUCGGUGUUCCAGUGUGCGGAAAUUACAGAAAUAAAAAUGGUACAAAAAUGUGAAAAUGUCAGUUUACCAACACUAUCGCCCUUUAUCGGUACAAUAAAUAUAGUGAAUUUAAAGGACAGUUGUACAUUUUCUUCAGUUGUUUAUAUAUACGCCUAAACUCCUGGCUAUGGCGUGUUUUGAUAUUUUGGUUCUGGCCUUAAUUGAUUUCGACGUUCUUUAAUUACGGUUAACCUAUCCAGCCCAUGUAUUUUUCUUUAUCUUGUCUUAGUUGGACUAUUUUAUAAGCCUAAUGAUAAUAUCUACUGAUUUUAAUAUUUUGUGCUCAUUUAUGUUCGAGUAGCAGUUGUCUUAUUGACAUAAUUAAAGUUCAUAUGUUUACCGCUAGCUUCCUGCGCUCAGCUGGAAUUGCUUUUUUGUGGGCCUUAACAAUACGAACAGGAUGCGGCGAUUUCAAAGCCCAAUCUACUACGUUUCCGCCCUGAACAAAAAUGCUAGUUUUACAACCCUGUUGAAGCUUGUGUUGUUUGUCUCAGAUGCGAACGAACAAAGCCAAGCUGGCUAACUGGCUAGACGUCUGGGCUAAAUUACUUUAUGGUUUAAUGGACGUUGGUGGUGGACCCUCUCAAAGGGUUGUGCAGAAGCUUUAAGUGCUUUGGGCUAACUAGCAGUCCACUUACACCACAAUAUGCAUUCAAGAGUCACUGCAAACCAUUAAAAUACCUUAAACUCCAAAAUCUUAGAUUUCACAGGGCAUAUUUGUAGCUACAACUACUUUCGAGACUGUGUUGGUUUUAUAAGGCUUUAAAAUAUGUUUUGUAAUUAGCAGUGCUAAAAGUUAAUGCGUUUUUUCACAGUUCAAAGUUUCCCAUAUAGUGUCAUACA